AUGGGUGGCCCGGAAUUUUACCAAGACUGGAUUGGGGACUUGUUUGACAACCUCGUGAUUUGGUGCAAUGACGAUAAAUCAGAGUGGUUGAUCCAGGAAAAGCUAUCUGAGCGGGCAACUUUCUGUCCAGGAACAGUAACUGGAACAAGGAAGCCACUGGCAGAGGGCCAAGCAGUCUAUACUUGCCGACAGAUCGAAGGAAAAUCGGUUGGGAUGGAGGCUAUAGUUAAAAUUCGACUACAAGUGCCCCCUGAAUAUCCGGCCAGCAAGAUUCCGGCAGUUCGAAAGAGACUGGCUUCUACCGAGCCUUCUUCUUGGACAAAUCAGGAGGUUGGAUCUUUACGGCACUUCAAUAAGAAAGGCUGCAAGGUGACUCCGAAACUCUUCAACGUGAAGCGGUCAUUGCAAGAAUGGGGCCAUUCACCCGUACCAGGUGGCUAUAUCAUGUUUAUAGUGAUGGAGAAGGUCCCCGGGGUGCCCCUUACUCAUUUUUGGGAAUACGACAUGGCCAAACGUAACAAGAUUCGGGCUGCUUUUCGCAAAUCUCUAGACUGGUUUGUCGACUUUGAGCAUAUCUUUGUGGACGAAAAAAAGGAGCCAAUGAAAUUCUCAGAAGGCGACUAUAUCCUCUGGGGCCUAGCACGUUCCAGCGCCCGUGGAACGAAAUGGUAG